UUUAUUCGUAAAAUGUCAUUCGCUGUGUAAAGAAGGUGUAAGAGAAAAAAUAAUGCAAAAAUUUUAGUUGGUCUGUGAAAAAAAGAAACAAUUGUGAAAAAUUGUUAAUAAAAUUAAGAAAUAUUACGAAAUAACACAACGAAAAUGGAAGUAUUUCAAACAGAUAAUUUUUACAUAUUUGUAAAGCGUGAAAAAAGUUUAUGGUGGAAUCGAACAACAUCGGAAUUUACAAUUAAAGCAGGUUGGGAUCUGUCUUCGGUGGAUGACAUUGAAUGUAUUGGCAUAACACAGGGCAUAGUAGGUGUCAUCUCGUUGCCCAAUGUCUAUGAACCACAUCUAGUGAUAGUUAAAGAGGCCACUCCCAUUGGUGUUUUAUAUCCACCACAUUUAGUUUAUAAAAUUAAAUCCAUCUGUUUAUUAAGUUUGGAUGAACCCGAUGCUGCAUUACCCACUUGCACUCGACAUGCUAGCAGUUCCAAUACCACACCCACGCACUCGAGAAACUCUUCAACUUCAUCCUCCAUAAAUGCUAACCUUAAUUCCAAUGCUAAUUUGACAACUGCUGCGAGGCCCAAGCUAUUCGAGGGCAAUCAGUUGAUGAAUAAAACCUGGGGUGCUGUUAAAAGUGCUGGCAAUACUAUUAAGAAUACUACACAACAAGCGGCUGCCUUGGCCUCUAAUCAAGUCAAAUCAUCGGUGGGUAUACGAGAUCCAUCACGCAUUGGCAAACGUAUAACGGAGGAGUUGCAUAAAAUAUUCGAUGAUACGGAUAGUUUUUAUUUUUGUUUUGAUCAUGACAUCUCAAAUAAUUUACAAAGACAUUUGCCCGUGGGCUCAACGGAUCAACAGACACCAGAUGAGAGAUUCUUUUGGAAUAUGCACAUGAUCAAGGAUAUUAUGGCACUAAAUGAUAAAACCUGGAUUUUGCCCAUCAUACAAGGAUUUGUUCAGGUGGAGCCUUGUGUUAUAGGCAAUGAAUGUUUUACUUUGGCGUUGGUCUCUAGAAGGUCCAGGCAUCGUGCUGGUACCCGUUAUAAGCGACGCGGAGUUGAUGACAAAGGAAAUUGUGCCAAUUAUGUAGAAACAGAACAAAUACUCUCAUUCCGCCAUCAUCAAUUGGCUUUUACACAAGUAAGAGGCUCGGUGCCAAUAUUUUGGUCACAGCCGGGCUACAAAUAUAGGCCACCACCACGUUUGGAUAGGGGUGAAACUGAAACCCAGGACGCCUUUGAAAUUCAUUUCGUUAAGGAAAUCGAUAUUUACGAAGGCGUGUGCAUUGUUAAUCUUGUGGAGCAGAGUGGCAAAGAGAAACUUAUAGGUGAUGCUUAUGCCAAACAUGUCUUGAAAUACAAUAACGAUCGUGUCGUCUAUGUGACCUUUGAUUUUCAUGAUUAUUGUCGUGGUAUGCACUUUGAAAAUGUCUCUACCCUUGUAGAAGCCCUAGCACCAGAAGCUGGUGCCAUGGGUUUUCAUUGGCGUGAUCAACGUGGAGUUAUCUGUAAUCAAAAGUCAGUGUUUCGUGUUAAUUGUAUGGAUUGUUUAGAUCGCACAAAUGUAGUGCAAACUGCUAUAGGCAAAGCAGUUUUAGAAUCACAACUAGUUAAAUUGGGCCUAUCUCCCCCCUAUUCACCCAUACCAGAACAGUUGAAAACCCCAUUUAUGGUAUUAUGGGCCAAUAAUGGCGAUAUUAUAAGUCGUCAGUAUGCGGGUACAAAUGCUUUAAAGGGUGAUUACACUCGCACGGGAGAACGUAAAAUUAGUGGUAUGAUGAAGGAUGGCAUGAACUCAGCUAAUCGUUUUUUCAUACAAAAUUUUGCUGAUACUUUUCGUCAGUGCAUGAUUGAUUUAAUGCAGGGUCAACUCAAUGAUGCCCAACAAUUGAAAGAGGAUGAGGUGUUGAGAACCAUGCUACUGAUUUUGUGUCCUUCAACACCAGCCCCAACACGUGGCUACUUUUAUGCUGGUGUUUUACAGCCAGAAAUACAUUUGUUGGAAAAUAUUAUUUAUACCAGUUAUUACCUGGCUCGUUUUAAGGACAGCUAUCGUCAGGCCACUAUUGAUUUAAUGUUGGGCAAUCCGGUUACCCCCGAAUCUUUAAACGCCUUGGGGGGCCAAGCGGUCCCAGACGACAGCGAUGCUUCAGAGGGCGCCGAACACGCAAAAUUGCUUGUGGAGGAUUGCCGUAAACUAUUGUUGGGCUCAGCUCAAUAUCCAGUGGGUGCUUGGGGUCUUAUAGAUGCCGAUCCUAAUUCUGGUGACAUAAAUGAAACUGAAGUCGAUACUAUACUUUUGUUAACCGAUGAAAGUUAUAUAGUGGCUGAAUACGAUUCACAUUUAGAUAAAAUUGUGCGUUUUGAGAAGGUGUUGCUGCAAAAUGUUACCCAAAUUGAAUUGGGCAUGUAUCAACAAACGAAAAUCUUUCAAGGGUCUUCUCCGGCCAUGCUAUGUAUAAGAAUUAAUUAUACUUUAGAGGGUGCUGAUGGUUAUUUCCAUAUGUUUAGAUCGGCUAAUAUACGAUUCUUUAAUAAUACAGCUUAUCCUAUAAAAACUCCGGAGGAAAUAUCUGAAUCUAUGCAGUCUAUUGUGGAAAUGUUCCGUAUUGCUUUGGAUAAUGUGGGUCGAGAAGAUGUCAGAUUUACCACAGGCGGUAAUUUGCAAAGGCGUAAAAGCAAAAAUCCUUUACUGGAGGUGCCAAAGCAAGGCUUGCCACGCAAUCUGUCCGAAUCUCAAUUAAUGCAAAUAAGUUCAAAGGCAUUUUCGAAUGUCGCCGGUCAAUUUUCCAAACUGGGUCAGUCCCUAAAUCCUAAUAAAUCCAAACAAAGUGCAUCCGCCUCAUCAUCGGCCUACAACUCAAAACGCACCUCACCUACAUCCUCUAAUAAAACAGCUCAAAUAAAUCCUCAAGUAAUGCGUCAAUCACAAACUUCUAUUGAUAAGGCCAUUGAGGCAACAGAGAAACCCAUGUUUACCGUUGGCCGACAACCCAAAUACUCAAGUGGUUCAGAUUCGGAGGAGAAUGACAGCAGUAUCUAUGAACCAGAAAUUGAUUCCGACACUGAAUUGGCCAUAUCUGCUAUAACAGCAGCGGAAAAGGUUAAUUUUAAUAAUGAAAAUAAUUUCCUACCCUCGGUGGGUAUUGUCAUGGGUAAUGCUCAAGAGGCUGCCGCGGCAACUCAACAGUCACCCACAUCUGCUGGUAUGCAACAAUUUGGCGAUAAAGACAACCAUGCCAAACAUUUGGAAGAUGUUUCGUCCAUUUCUAUAUCGUCGGUGGCAAAUAAUGUGACAUUUCCCACGGGUCUCUUGGAGAAUGCACCGCUGGUAAGGCCCAUAACACCAAAUCCUCAAAUUUGUGUGCAGGAUGAUGGGGGUAAUUUUACAGCAGACGCUAUGCAACAAAGAUCAAUAUCGCCAAAAGAUUUAAAAUUACCCAUUAAUAGCAGCAAAUUAAAUCAAUUCAAAUCAAUGACAAGUCCUCUAACAAAAAUAGCCAAAGGAGUACAAAAUAUUGGCAUGAAUUUGGAUCCUAGAAAAAUUGCCACCAAGUCUGGCGUUUUAACACCCACUACGGCUUCAGCUGAAAAUUCUCCGCCCGAGCGUGGCGCUAGUAACAAACUGCAAUUGGAGGAAAUGUGGCAGGAGUCAAAUUGUAAAACCAAAUUAAUUGCUUUGUAAACUAAAGGCCUACUAAACACAAUAAAUGGAGUAAUAUUAUGUAUUAAUGAAAUUAUAACAAUUAUUAUUACCAUAGCAUAUUAAAAUAUACUAAACUAUACAUAAAUAACUAAUCAACUCACAAUAUACACACAAUUAAUUAAUGAUACAAUAACAGAACUAAAGUUUUUAAAUACACACAAUGCAAUUAUUA